AUAGCAAAAUGGAAGCAAUUCAUUAGACUGCAGAUCAUUUAUGAUUCUAGUGCUGAGAACAGAUAGAAGAGGGAGGACAUUUACAGUGACCAAAUGGAAACUGGAAACAUCCUUCAGUUCCACAUGAAACAAAAAGAAUCUCAGAAAAUCAAAUACCAGGUGCUCUGAUGUAAGAACAGAUAUCCUUCCAUCAUGUAGGUGAUGUAAGCAGCCUUGAAGGACUAAUCUAUAAUCUGUAUGGAUCAGCCAAGCUACAGACAGUAUGAUCAUGUCAGUAGUUUAAGUCCUUAAGAAGCCGUUGGUGCAAAAUACAUGAAAGCACGCUGGGGAACUUCGCAUUUAAACAUCAAUUUUGCUGUGAAUAGCCUAAGUGAAUUCAACUAAUAAUUAAUCAAUUCAUAAUAGAAUUAUCUUUCUUCGGUUAAUUUCAAGACAGUGUUUCUCUUUUUCAUUAUUUUUGUUACAGAAAAACAGUAGCAAUGAUUCCAUUAACUUUCUUAUGCAGUCUACAGCAUCUCCAUUUAUAUCCUGCCAUGAAGAUUUGUAAAUUACGGACUCUAAAAUCAUUGUGGACUCUGAAACCUCCUUGUAGGACUUUCCAUAGCCAUCCCAGGCUGCUUGUCUCUGAUGUGCACUCUCAGUACGAGUCUGUCAGGCGUGGUGAACAGGAAAUACCAAAGUACUUCAACUUUGCAAGUGAUGUACUGGACAAAUGGUCUGAGAUUGAAAAGGCUGGAAAAAGACCAACAAACUCUGCUUUUUGGUGGAUAAGUGGUAAUGGAGAGGAAGUAAAGUGGAGCUUUGAGGAGCUGGGAUUCCUUUCUCGGAAAGUGGCCAACGUGUUGACCAAAGUAUGUGGACUGCAAAAAGGGGACAGAGUCAUUGUGGUUCUGCCACGAAUCCCGGAGUGGUGGCUGGUGAACGUGGCUUGCAUUCGAGCAGGAAUUGUCUUAAUUCCAGGAACAUCUCAAUUAUCAGCCAAAGACAUAUUAUAUCGACUCCAGGCUUCGAAGGCCAAGUGCAUCAUCACCAAUGACACCCUGGCUCCUGCAGUAGACUCAGUGGCAUCUGAGUGCCAGUUUCUUGAAAACAAGCUGGUGGUGUCCAAAGGCAGUAGGGAGGGAUGGCUGAACUUCAAUGAACUGUACAAAAACCAGCCUGCUGACCAUUCCUGUGUCAAAACAAGGAUUCAAGAUUCAAUGAUUAUCUUCUUUACCAGUGGGACCACGGGUUCUCCAAAGAUGACCGAACAUUCCCAGGGCAGCCUUGGUUUUAGACCCCUGUUAUGUGAAAGGUACUGGUUGGAUGCAUCCCCGUCAGACACAGUGUGGGGCAUUACAGACACAGGCUGGAUAGUAACUUCAAUAGCAUCUGUAUUUGAUGCCUGGGCUUUGGGAUCAUGUGUCUUUGUCCACCAGCUCCCACAGAUUGAAUCAUCAGUUAUCCUAAAUACUCUCUGCAGAUUCCCCAUUGACUCCAUUAUUAGUGCUCCCACGCUGUACCGCAUGCUGGUGCAAACUGAUCUCUCCAGUUACAAAUUCAUGAACCUGAAGCACUGCAUGAGCGGAGGGGAGCCGCUAAACCCAGAAGUCAUUGAGCAAUGGAAAAGCAAGACAGGGCUGGACAUCUAUGAAAUAUAUGGCCAGACUGAAGCGGGAAUAAUCUGCUCUGUUUCUAAAGGAAUGAAGAUCAAACCUGGAUCAAUGGGAAAGGCUGCUCCCCCAUUUGAUGUUCAGGUUGUAGACAAAAAUGCUAAUAUUCUGCCUCCUGGACAACAGGGGGAAAUUGCUGUCAGAAGCAAACCCGUAAGACCACUUGGUUUAUUCACGGAAUAUGUAGAUAACCCUAAGAAAACUACAGAAAGCGAGCGUGGAGAUUUUUACAUCACAGGGGACAGAGGGACUAUGGAUGAAGAUGGAUAUUUUUGGUUUAUUGGAAGAGACGACGACAUCAUCAUUUCUUCGGGGUAUCGCAUUGGGCCAUUUGAGGUAGAGAGUGCCCUGAUAGAACACCCAGCAGUAGCAGAAACAGCUGUUGUCAGCAGUCCAGAUCCCCUCAGAGGAGAGGUUGUGAAAGCAUUUGUGGUCCUGUCUGACGCCUUUUUAUCCAGUAAUCGUGAGAGCUUAACCCGCGACUUGCAGGAGCAUGUCAAGAAAACUACUGCUCCAUAUAAAUAUCCCAGGAAGGUGGAAUUUGUCCAGGAGCUACCAAAGACAAUCACUGGGAAGAUAAAGAGGAAUGAAUUAAGAGCCAAAGAGUGGGGACAGAAGUAGCACUGUGUGGAAUUUAACAGAACUCCUGUUGUCCCAUUAAUGCUAUGUUUCUCUGUUAAAAUCGGCCUGAUCUGCUUUUGUUAAAUGCCUGAGCAUCAAAACUUGUACAUAACGCCAAGUGUGAUGUUUGCAUCUGUUUGCAAAAACUUCUAAUGUCGGCAGUGUUCACUGAACACAGGUUCAGUCCUGAUUCCCUGCUGGGAGAACAAACCAAAUAUACAAUUCCAUUCUAGUCCUUACUAUCCAAAAGUUCACCAGAACUUAGCUGGUGACCCAUCUCUUAUAUAUAACAUCCAGGAUGGUGCUGAUAAGAGGAAGUUUUUCACCUAGAGGGUGGUGAGGCACUGGAACAGGUUGCCCAAGGAAGCUGUGGAUGCCCCAUCCCUGGAGUCAUUCAAGGCCAGGCUGGAUGUGGCUCUGGGCAGCCUGGUCUGAUGAUUGGCAGCCCUGAACAUAGCAGGGAUUGAAACUAGAUAAUCAUUGUGGUCCUUUUCAACCCAGGCCAUUCUAGGAUUCUAUGAUUCUAUUAUACAGAUGGUUUAGCUCCAAGCUGUAGAAAGAGACAGGUGUGGAUUUGAGUUGCUUACAUGCACUGUCCUUAAAUGCAGCAUGCUUUAAACUGAAUGCAAUCCUUCUAACAUUUACUGAAGAUGGAAAGACUCCUCUGCUGAUACCAAAAGACCUUCCUAAACCUAUGUUCAUGUGUUAUGUGUUGAUGACCAGUACUGCCAGGCUCUACCAUGCUUUUUCCACAAAUGUUGUUUAAUACAGAGAGUGGCUUUGUUGCUCAUCCUCUAUUCUGAUCUACACAUACAAGAGGCAAAACUCCUGUGCCACUUCUGAUGCUCUUUAAAAUAAAGUUUGCUGUUUGGCAAGUGGCCCAAUUUGUAGACUAAACCACAGUUCUUUGCCACAGUAGCCAAGUGCUGCAUGAAGAGGCUACAUCAGCAACAACUUAGGUAGAGGUGAAACCAGUGAGAAAACUCCCACAGUCUGGUUUAGAUCAUCACAUCUGCUUAACUUUAAGCUCUCUGCUUUCUAAAGAAGUACGUACUAUAAUGUGCACACCCUUCCUCCUUACACUGCACAGACAACAGUGUGCCAAGCUUUAAGGCUGUAUUAGUUGUUAGCUGUCCAGCCUCAGGCUUUUUUAAAUUUUAUGUACUCCUCUUCCUUCCCUUCCCUUCCCCUCCCUUCC